GCCUGCCCGCGGCGGCGCGGGGGAAAGUUGAGUUGGGAGAAGUUGGGAGCGGUGGGGGGCGCGCCCGGGAGCGGGCAUCGGGCCGGCGGCGGGAGCGCGCGGGGGGGGGGGGGCGCCGGAGGACCGCGGACACCCCGAGACCCCCGGGGCGCGGAAGCCAGCGCGCGCGGGUUAUGCCUCCGCCUUGUUGCCCUGAAAGCCGAAGUGACAGCGAAAAGGGCUAAGAUCCAGCCAUGAGCAGCGCCCCGAGGCGCCCCGCCUCGGGCGGGGAUUCCUUGCACUUGCCGGAACCCGAGAGCGUGGGCCCGGGGAGCCCCGGCUUCCCCCAGCAGGAGGAGGACGAUCUCCACCGCACCCUGGGCGUCGAGCGGUUCGAGGAGAUCCUCCAGGAGGCCGCGUCCCGCGGGGGAGACGAGCCGGGCCGCAGCUAUGGGGAGGAGGACUUCGAGUACCACCGCCAGUCCUCCCACCACAUCCACCACCCGCUCUCCACCCACCUGCCCCCGGACGGGCGCCGCCGCAAGGCCCCCCAGGGCCCCGGCCGGAAGCCCCGGAGGCGUCCCGGGGCCUCCCCCACGGGGGAGACCCCCACCAUUGAGGAGGGGGAGGAGGACGAGGACGAAGCCAGCGAGGCCGAGGGGGCCCGGGCCCCCACGCAGCCGUCCCCCGCCUCCACGCCCUCCUCCGUGCAGUUCUUCCUGCAAGAGGAUGAAGGCACGGACCGGAAGGCGGAGAGGACCAGCCCGUCACCCCCCAUGCAGCUUCCGCCCCAGGAGGCGGCUCCUCGGGCCACCAAGGGGGCCCAGACUGGCGCCCCGGUGGAGGAGGUGGCGGUCGUGGCCAGCGGCACCGCGGGGGGCGACGACGGGGGCGCCUCCGGCCGCCCCCCGCCCAAAGCCCAGCCGGGGCAUCGCAGCUACAACCUGCAGGAGCGGCGGCGCAUCGGGAGCAUGACGGGGGCCGAGCAGGCGCUGCUGCCCCGCGUGCCCACGGACGAGAGCGAGGCGCAGACGCUGGCCACCGCCGACCUCGACCUCAUGAAGAGUCACCGGUUUGAGGACGUGCCGGGGGUGAGGCGACACUUGGUACGGAAGAACGCCAAAGGGUCCGGGCAGAGCGCCCGGGAAGGACGAGAGCCGGGCCCCACGCCCCGGGCCCGGCCCCGGGCCCCCCACAAACCCCACGAGGUAUUUGUGGAGCUCAAUGAGCUGCUGCUGGAUAAAAACCAGGAACCUCAGUGGCGGGAGACGGCCCGCUGGAUCAAAUUUGAGGAAGACGUGGAGGAGGAGACUGAGCGCUGGGGGAAGCCGCACGUCGCCUCGCUGUCCUUCCGGAGCCUUCUGGAGCUUCGGCGAACUCUGGCCCAUGGGGCCGUGCUCCUGGACCUGGACCAGCAGACGCUGCCCGGGGUGGCCCAUCAGGUGGUGGAGCAGAUGGUCAUCUCGGACCAGAUCAAGGCCGAGGACAGAGCCAACGUGCUGCGGGCCCUCCUCCUGAAGCACAGCCACCCGAGCGACGAGAAGGACUUCUCCUUCCCCCGCAACAUCUCCGCCGGCUCCCUGGGCUCCCUGCUGGGACACCAUCACGCGCAGGGGGCGGAGAGCGACCCCCACGUCACGGAGCCGCUCAUUGGGGGGAUUCCCGAGACCCGGCUGGAGGUGGAGCGCGAGCGCGAGCUGCCCCCGUCGGCCCCCCCGGCUGGCAUCACCCGUUCCAAGUCCAAGCACGAGCUGAAGCUGCUGGAGAAGAUCCCCGAGAACGCGGAGGCCACCGUGGUCCUCGUGGGCUGCGUGGAGUUCCUCUCGCACCCCACCAUGGCCUUCGUGCGGCUGCGCGAGGCCGUGGAGCUGGACGCCGUGCUGGAGGUCCCGGUGCCCGUGCGCUUCCUCUUCCUGCUCCUGGGCCCCAGCAGCGCCAACAUGGACUACCACGAGAUCGGCCGGUCCAUCUCCACCCUCAUGUCCGACAAGCAAUUCCACGAGGCGGCCUACCUGGCGGACGAGCGGGAGGACCUGCUGACGGCCAUCAACGCCUUCCUGGACUGCAGCGUGGUGCUGCCGCCUUCCGAGGUGCAGGGCGAGGAGCUGCUGCGCUCCGUCGCCCACUUCCAGCGCCAGAUGCUCAAGAAGCGGGAGGAGCAGGGCCGGCUGCUCCCCCCGGGCGCGGGGUCGGAGCCCAAGUCCGCCCAGGAUAAGGCGCUCCUGCAGAUGGUAGAGGCAGCGGGCGCGGUGGAAGACGAUCCCCUCCGGCGGACCGGCCGGCCCUUCGGGGGGCUGAUCCGGGACGUGCGGCGGCGCUACCCCCACUACCUGAGCGACUUCCGCGACGCGCUCGACCCCCAGUGCCUGGCCGCCGUCAUCUUCAUCUACUUCGCGGCCCUGUCGCCCGCCAUCACCUUCGGGGGGUUGCUUGGGGAGAAGACGCACAACCUGAUCGGGGUGUCGGAGCUGAUCAUGUCCACGGCACUCCAGGGCGUGGUUUUCUGCCUGUUGGGGGCUCAGCCGCUGCUCGUCAUCGGCUUCUCGGGGCCCCUGCUGGUCUUCGAGGAGGCCUUCUUCUUGUUCUGUGAUAGCAACCAGCUGGAGUACCUGGUGGGCCGCGUGUGGAUCGGCUUCUGGCUCGUCCUCCUGGCCCUGCUCAUGGUGGCCCUGGAGGGCAGCUUCCUGGUCCGCUUCGUGUCCCGCUUCACCCAGGAGAUCUUUGCUUUCCUCAUCUCCCUCAUCUUCAUCUACGAGACCUUCUGCAAGCUGAUCAAGAUCUUCAAGGAGCAUCCCCUCCACGGCUGCUCAGUCGCCAACAGCUCCGAGGUCGCUGGGGACGACAACACGACUUGGGCCGGGGCGGCCUCCACACGGAGCCCCGGCAACGAGAGCGUGGCCGGGCCGUCCGUACCCGGAAGGCCCCAGGGCCAGCCCAACACGGCCCUGCUGUCGCUGGUGCUCAUGGCGGGCACCUUCUUCAUUGCCUUCUUUCUUCGAAAAUUCAAGAACAGUCGGUUCUUUCCCGGCCGGAUCCGGCGGGUGAUUGGGGACUUCGGGGUGCCCAUCGCGAUCCUCAUCAUGGUGCUCGUAGAUUACAGUAUCCAGGACACCUACACCCAGAAGCUGAACGUGCCCAGUGGCUUCUCGGUGACGGCUCCCGAGAAGCGGGGCUGGGUCAUCAACCCCCUGGGGGAGAAGAGCCCCUUCCCCGUGUGGAUGAUGGUGGCCAGCCUGCUGCCCGCCGUCCUGGUCUUCAUCCUCAUCUUCAUGGAGACGCAGAUCACCACGCUGAUCAUCUCCAAGAAGGAGCGCAUGCUGCAGAAGGGCUCCGGCUUCCACCUGGACCUGCUGCUCAUCGUGGCCAUGGGCGGCAUCUGCGCCCUCUUCGGCCUGCCCUGGCUGGCCGCCGCCACCGUCCGCUCCGUCACCCACGCCAACGCGCUCACCGUCAUGAGCAAAGCCGUGGCGCCCGGGGACAAGCCCAAGAUCCAGGAGGUGAAGGAGCAGCGGGUGACGGGGCUGCUGGUGGCUCUGCUCGUCGGCCUUUCCAUGGUUAUUGGCGACCUGCUGCGACAGAUUCCCUUGGCUGUGCUUUUUGGCAUUUUCCUGUACAUGGGAGUCACUUCCCUCAACGGGAUCCAGUUCUACGAGCGGCUGCACCUGCUGCUCAUGCCGCCCAAACACCACCCGGACGUCACCUAUGUCAAAAAGGUGCGGACCCUGCGGAUGCACCUGUUCACCGCCCUGCAGCUGCUCUGCCUGGCCCUGCUCUGGGCCGUCAUGUCCACGGCCGCCUCGCUGGCCUUCCCCUUCAUCCUCAUCCUCACGGUGCCUCUGCGCAUGGUGGUGCUCACCCGCAUCUUCACCGAGCGAGAGAUGAAAUGCCUGGAUGCGAACGAGGCGGAGCCUGUGUUUGAUGAGCGGGAGGGCGUGGACGAGUACAACGAGAUGCCCAUGCCUGUAUAGCCGCUGCCCGGAGGGACCGGCGGAGGGACGGGCGGAGGGACCGGCGGAGGGACCGGCGGGCAGCGGGAAUGGGGACUGGUGGGAUGGGUGUCUUUCCUCUUCCUCCUCCUCCUCAUUUUUAUUUAAGUGAUUCAUAAUUUAAAGUCCCCUUCUCCCCACUCCUUCAGUAAAGUGCUUCGCCCCCACC